AUGACGUUAUUUCUUUACCAAACGUGCGUCUUUGGGCUUGUGAACCUCACCCGAUAUCCAGUGAUCGCUCACUCCACUGCAUCGAAAGCACACAUCUCGUUCUUCUCUAAACCCCUACGCAAGUUACAAACGCGUCGCGUUUCAGUAGCAGCUACUGGUCCAGUCUCAACAGUUGUAACAAAAUCGAACAGUCUUCGAAGUCCUCGUGCCUCGGUAUCCAAUACACAAUUGAUUGCGGGCGCAGACCGCUCGGAGACGUUGAUCAAUCAAGGACUCCAGUUGUUAUUCCACAGUGAAUACCUUCUUGUAGUUGAGUACAUCGAGUGUAUUGUUCCAAUUGUGUUCGUAGCAUACCAGUUGGUGCUGUACCAGUUGCCCAACGUUGUCUACGCUCCUGGAGGUGCUGAAGGGUGGCAGAGUGGGGCGGUUGAGAAUAUCUUGUUGUUAAUCGUUCUCGAGGUCUGUUCAUUGCUCGUGUUGAAAGUGCUUUUGGAGCGCAAGUUCGCGUUUUCCCCGCUCCACCAGUUGGCAUACGUGCUGGAAACGCAACUCGAACAUGUCCAAGCCGACGUGUUCAUCGCUACUAUAAUUCUACUGCCCUUUGAGAUCAAUCAUUUCGGUAUGGAUUUUACUUUUCAAUUCGAAUGGUUUCGUGCCACGUCUGAGUAG